AUGCCUACCCAAGUCCGUAUUUUUACGUUGCCCAAGUCUAUUGGAGAGACACUCUCCCCGUCUAUUUCGCACGCUCCGGCUCCUCGCUCGGUUCCCAUCAACGGGCACGUACCCAACGGGAUCCCUCAGCCGAAGGAGACUCCGAAUAAGAUGGGUGUAAAUGAGAACAAGUCCUAUCCGGGAAUCACUUUUGCCCAGCAGGACAAACUGCCAAAGUUGCCAAUCCCUGAGCUGGCCAGCUCUUGCAACAAAUACUUGGCAGCUCUCAAGCCCCUCCAGUCAGCUCGCGAACACUCGGACACAAAGCAAGCAGUUCUGGAAUUCUUGAAAAAUGAAGGGCCCGAGUUGCAAGAGAAGCUGAAGAAGUACGCGGAGGGACGGACAAGCUAUAUCGAGCAGUUCUGGUACGACUCCUACCUAAACUACGACAAUCCAGUCGUACUAAACCUGAACCCCUUCUUUCUGCUGGAAGAUGACCCCACUCCUGCACGAAACAACCAGGUCACCCGCGCGGCUUCGCUGGUGGUCUCGGCCCUGGAGUUCGUGCGGGCUGUUCGCAAGGAGGAGCUGCCGCCAGACAGUAUCAAGGGGACCGCUAUGGACAUGUACCAAUACUCGAGACUCUUUGGCACAGCAAGAGUACCAACCGAGGCUGGCUGCCAGAUAGAACAGGAUCCCGACUCGAAGCACCUGGUUGUCAUGUGCCACGGGCAGUUCUACUGGUUCGAUGUUCUGGAUGAUAACUCGGACCUUAUCAUGACGGAGAAGGACGUGUCCAUCAACUUGCAGACGAUCAUUGAUGACGCUGCUCAGAUGCCCAUCCAGGACGCCGCAAAAGGAGCGCUGGGUGUGCUCAGUACGGAGAACAGAAAGGUGUGGUCCGGGCUCCGGGACGUCUUGACUAGAGAAGAAGGUUCAAACAACGCCGAUUGCCUUGGGAUAGUCGACUCUGCAUUGUUCAUAGUCUGCCUCGACUACACAGAGCCCAUCACAGCGUCGGCUCUUUGCCAGAACAUGCUCUGCGGAACGAGUGAGAUCGAGAAAGGCGUACAGAUCGGCACUUGCACCAACCGAUGGUAUGACAAGCUUCAGAUAAUCGUCUGCAAGAACGGCAGCGCUGGCAUCAACUUCGAGCACACUGGCGUUGAUGGUCACACAGUCCUCAGGUUUGCCAGUGAUGUGUACACAGACACAAUCCUUAGGUUUGCGAGAACAAUCAAUGGCCAAGCGCCGACCCUGUGGGCAUCGACAAGUCCCGACCCUUCCAAGAGAGACCCUGACAGCUUUGGCGACGUCAACACGACGCCACACAAGCUGGAAUGGGAUAUGACCCCGGAGCUUAAGAUUGCUGUGCGCUUUGCAGAAACCCGGCUCGCAGACCUUAUCGAACAGAACGAGUUCCAAUGUCUUGACUUCCAGGCAUAUGGCAAGAAUUUCAUCACCUCUAUGGGAUUUUCGCCCGACGCCUUCAUUCAGAUGGCCUUCCAGGCUGCGUAUUAUGGCCUCUACGGCCGGAUCGAAUGCACCUACGAGCCAGCCAUGACCAAAAUGUUCUUACAUGGGCGAACAGAAGCUGUCCGGACCGUCUCGGAUGAAUCUGUCAACUUCGUGCAGACCUUCUGGGCCGACAACCCGGCGGAGCAGAAGGUUGAGGCACUUAAAAGAGCGUGCGCGACCCACGUGAACACCACCAAAGAAUGUGCCAAGGGGCAGGGCUGUGACAGGCAUAUGUAUGCGCUUUUCUGCCUCUGGCAGCGCCUCAUGGACGAGACGGCAGCGAGCAGCGGCAGCAGCGGAUACACCUCGCCCGUCGACGGUGCAAGCAGCCCCGAGCCUGGCUUGGCCAGUCCUACCAGGGAGUCAGUGGUGUCCGUUGACAGCGAGCACACGACGCAGAACAUGGUGACGCGGGCGAGGGGCGACAGCACCAACUCGCGAGGGGGCUCGCAGGGGCAGCUUCCGCUGAUCUUCGCGGAUUCGGGGUGGGACAAGCUCAACAACACCAUCAUGUCGACGUCCAACUGCGGCAACCCGUCGCUGCGGCAGUUCGGGUUCGGCCCCGUCAGCGGCGACGGCUUCGGCAUCGGGUACAUCAUCAAGGACGACGGCAUCGCCAUCUGCAUCAGCAGCAAGCACCGGCAGACCAAGCGCUUUGUCGACACGCUCGAGAGCUACCUGCUCGAGAUCCGGCGCAUCCUGCGCAUCACCAGCCGCAACCACUCGGCCCCCAAGCAGACGCGCGCUCGCGAGAUCGACCGCUCCACCCACCGCAAGCCCGCCGCCAACAGACUCAAGAGCAGGGGCCGCCUCAUCACUGGCCCCACCGCCGAGACCAUCCGCAGCCAGAAGCUGGGCAGCGUCGCCGGCACACAGAGCCCGACCGACGAGAGCGUCACGCUCAGCGAAGACGACGAGCUGGGAGGAUACGGUUUCUUCGAUGCUGGCAUGCUCCUGCAGGCUCUCAAGGCGCGGGGUGAGGUCGACAGCGGCGAGACCAAGGCUUCCGAGCGGGCUGCUGUCCAGGCCAGGAGACGGGAUGUUGGCAAGAAGUUGCGGUUGAUUGAUUAUUAA